AUGUCCCGCCAUUUCCACACGACUGCGCUAGUAGCAGCCAGAAAGCGGAUCCCGCCUACCGUCAAGCUGAGACCGCCUAUUCUGCCGACCAUCAAUAACAUCACUGUAAAGGAAGAUCAUCCGCUGUGGCAGUUUUUCCACGACAAAAAGUUCGUCAGAGACCAGUCAGAAGUCGCCUUUACCGGCAGGGCCUGGUCUGUGCAGGAGCUCAGACGGAAGUCGUGGGAAGAUUUGCAUGGUCUCUGGCACGUCUGCUUGAAAGAGCGCAAUAAAUUGGAGAGAGAGAUCCACAUCUUCCGCCAGCAGGGAGACAACCCGGUGGGCGGCGAUUACCAGAAGUUAAACGAGGAAAUUCACAAGUCCAUGUGGAGAAUCAAGCAGGUGCUGACGGAGCGCGAUCAUGCGCUCAAAAACGCCCAGAAUGAGUUUAAAGUCAACGGAGACCAGUAUUUGCAGGAGUUCAGAGAAAAGUACCUUACGGCGGAAAAUGUCGAGACAGACGAAUGGUACGACAAGCUGGAAAGAUUGCAGCAGGCAAUUUUCGGCAUUCCCGAGCUUUUGGACGCGGAUUUCAAGGUUGAUCUCAGAUUUGUCGAAGGUGUCAAGUAUAUUGGUCAGCUCAAGUUCGACAGGUUUGCCGAGCAAAUCGGCCGCACAGAGCUGGCGCCCCUAAGAGAUGUGGCUGAGCUGUACACUCUGUUUGAAGAGAGCGCGAGCGCAGAAGGUGUGGCGGAAGCAUGUGCCAAGAUCGAGGAGUAUAGAGAGAACGACAUUGUGAUUCCUGCCUCCAAAGAGGUCCAAGUGGUCCAGGGCUUUGUGGAGGACAAGCUGGAGUCGCUUGAGGCUGAGUAG